AUGUACACAGCAGAGUCCAGGAUUGGUACUGUCUGUGUCUCUAUGUACACAGCAGAGUCCAGGUUUGGUACUGUCUGUGUCACUAUGGACACAGCAGAGUCCAGGUUUGGUACUGUCUGUGUCACUAUGUACACAGCAGAGUCCAGGUUUGGUACUGUCUGUGUCACUAUGUACACAGCAGAGUCCAGGUUUGGUACUGUCUGUGUCACUAUGUACACAGCAGAGUCCAGGUUUGGUACUGUCUGUGUCACUAUGUACACAGCAGAGUCCAGGUUUGGUACUGUCUGUGUCACUAUGGACACAGCAGAGUCCAGGUUUGGUACUGUCUGUGUCUCUAUGGACACAGCAGAGUCCAGGUUUGGUACUGUCUGUGUCACUAUGUACACAGCAGAGUCCAGGUUUGGUACUGUCUGUGUCUCUAUGGACACAGCAGAGUCCAGGUUUGGUACUGUCUGUGUCACUAUGUACACAGCAGAGUCCAGGUUUGGUACUGUCUGUGUCUCUAUGGACACAGCAGAGUCCAGGUUUGGUACUGUCUGUGUCUCUAUGGACACAACAGAGUCCAGGUUUGGUACUGUCUGUGUCACUAUGUACACAGCAGAGUCCAGGUUUGGUACUGUCUGUGUCACUAUGUACACAGCAGAGUCCAGGUUUGGUACUGUCUGUGUCACUAUGGACACAGCAGAGUCCAGGUUUGGUACUGUCUGUGUCUCUAUGGACACAGCAGAGUCCAGGUUUGGUACUGUCUGUGUCACUAUGUACACAGCAGAGUCCAGGUUUGGUACUGUCUGUGUCACUAUGUACACAGCAGAGUCCAGGUUUGGUACUGUCUGUGUCUAUGUACACAGCAGAGUCCAGGUUUGGUACUGUCUGUGUCACUAUGGACACAGCAGAGUCCAGGUUUGGUACUGUCUGUGUCACUAUGGACACAGCAGAGUCCAGGUUUGGUACUGUCUGUGUCUCUAUGUACACAGCAGAGUCCAGGUUUGGUACUGUCUGUGUCACUAUGUACACAGCAGAGUCAUUUAUGUAUAGCUCUGUUACACAGAACACACGUCUGUCUAGGCCUGCACCUAAUCAACCGCACUCCCAAAGGCUUUAUCUCCAACUGCAAGGUUAGUGGCAAACAUCAUGAUGUUUUUAUCACUGAUGGUGAUGAUGACUGUGGAUACAGACUUGAACUUGUGCAUCUCCUUACUCUAAUGGGGAUAAAGAGAGUCUCUCUCUCUUCAGUGAGGACUGUCUUGGUUUGUGCCUGGGCUGGCGUAUGCUGCAUGUUCUCUCUCUCUACGAUGACGUCCUGCAGCCCACACGGUAACCCUGUCUGUCUACUCUGCAUGAAGUCCCUCUGCAACUCUGCUGCCACUCUGGCAUCUCCCAAGUAGGGCAUUGUCUUGGGUCAGACAGCGCCACUUUUGUCUCGUGUUUCGUCGGAGUGAGGCCACCUGUCAGAAGAUGGAUUGAGCACGUCACCAGAGCCAGCGACAGGGUUAUAAACACACAGGCUUGCCCAGACACUACUGUAUCACGAUAAAAGAAGAUUACCGACACGCUUGCCUUUUUUUCUGUUCAUCACAACAACCGAUAUGUGUUCUGCUCCCUUGUUGAUGUGGCUAUCUGGGGUGUUGUUCCGUUGUAGUGGCUACAGUAUCUUCUAGACACCUGGCUGUGUGUGUAUUUGACCGUGGAACUGAACAACACGUCAUGACUGUUUCAUGAAUGAAGAGUGUUCCGCUAUAAUGUUAAAUUCAGCAAGGCCUUGUUCUGUUAUUUUGUUCAAAGCAGGGGAGUUUAUUUUUUCAUGAUGAAAACAUGUUGAUUUUUGUGUUUGGUGACUGCACAUUGGGUAAUAUAUAUUUGUUUUUCCAAUCUAUUUAUUAUGUGUGUGUGGUGUGUGUGUGUGUGUGGCCAGGUUGGGUUCACAAGGAUGGAAUAUCGUCCAGAGUUGCUUCAAAACGGUUAGUAAACCUGUGCAUCUGCAUCUUUAAAAAGCUGAAAAUCCUUGCUCAAAACCAGCGCAUUGUAAACAACUAUUUUUCUUUUGUUUUAAAUGUUCAGUUCAAAGUUGAAUGAGCACAGCUUUAAUUUAUCUCUGGUAUGUGAUGAAAGCAGUUCAUAUGCGUUUGGGACUUGAGGUCAUCACCUUAGCCCGUUAGUUUCAGACGGGGUCUGAGUUGAGUGGUUGUUUGAAUUACUUUUUCCACAUUAAAUUUUUAUUUGUGACUGUCUGUCCACCUGUCAUUGUCAAUUACUUCAUAAACGCAAGCAGAGAGUGUUGCCUUUCAUUAGAUUUUGUUUGUAAUUGCAUCGCAAGUUUCCUCCAUCUUUACCUGCGAUACGAUGUUGAAACGUCUUCAGUGUUUCCCCAGUGGCCUUACUUUUGACUUUACUAGUCAUACAACUGUCUUGUGUAUUUUUCAAUGGGUUUUAUUUUUGUUUUUGGAUGUGAUUUUAGAGAAAGUCCAUCCUCUUCUCUCUGUCCUCCCCAAAAGGCUUCUUCAGCAACUGUGAUAUUCAAAAGCCUAAGCACCUAAAACAAAUACUUUUUUUUCUGUCUGUAAGAAAUUUUAACUGUUGCAUUGAAGUGUAAAAAAAAAGAAGAAGUUUUGAACCAUUUUUCUGGCGUCCAGACCACUGAUCUAGUGUUUCCUAGAAAAUGACAAAAGAAAAUCAUGUCCAUCUCUUGAUUCUGCAUUUCAAUGAUUUCAUGUUUUGGUUUUCCUCUGUACAUUGCAAUGGGCGUGAAGAUAGUAUUUUAAUAUUUGUAUAAAGUUUAAUUUAAUUCUACAUGUGUGUAUAUAACUAUUUCUAAUUAAAGCUUUCUUUUGAAAUGUG